GAGAAAGGGUAGACAUCUUGUUUGCAAUAAUCUGAAACUUGUUGCAGAAUUCCACGAUACUUUCAACAAAUUUCCUCAAAUUAUUAGCGAUUUCCAUGACCGCCCUACCACUUUUGCAGAGCAUACAAUUUAGAACAUCAGCAUAAGGUUACAUAUAUGUAUAACAGAAAAACAAUGGAUGGAUUGACAAUGCUGUGAAAGAAUCGUUUCAUGCGGGGUUGACGGUAGAAGACAAACACUAAACCGAAAAUAAACAAGAUAACAUCAUCGACAUAUCAGUGUUAUGCCUCAAAUUGGAUAAAAUUGUUGAGCCGAACGCCGCUAUUUUACAAAUACAAAACACCAGUGUACCGCCCGCCGAAUUAUUACUCACUGGAAAUCUAACUCGGAAAUAGAUAACAACAAAGCAUAUCAACACAAUAAAGCUGUUUACAUCUCGCGUUGAGUACGACACCAUAGACAUGCAUUGACCUGAUUUCUCCGGUCAAAUUUCAUCAGGCAGCCGAGGUGUCCCCAGUGAAGACAACAGCAGCUGAUUUAUUUCUCAUUUAUUGUUGCGUAGCAGUACAAAACGUGUACGAUGUGAGAAAUUAUUAUUGUCAGUGAGGAUUAUACCGUAGCUUCUAGGAGUCCUUCGUAUUGUAGCUUUUACUUCAGAUUUAUAAUAUUAUAUUACUUGCCCUUUUCAGACUGGGUUGGGGAUUUUCUGUUUUCUAGUGUUUCUUUUCUCCUUCAGAUGCUAGAUUGGUUUUGUCAAGUAGUUGGCCCUUUUGCUGUGUUUAUUAUUCAAAUAUUAUCUAUAUAGAGAGUUUUACAUAACUGUAUACAGUGUAUAAAAUAAUUCUUUAGAUUGUAUAUUCAGGUAUUUUUGUAAAUAGUUAAAUUCUGUUAUAAGAAAUCCAAAGAUUUUCUCACUCUUUUUUUUCAAAAGCAGAACUCUUUUAACGUUACUUCACUGGUGUUAAAAGAUAAUAAUAACGGAGAAAGGUUUUCAAGAGUAUUUCAUAAGCAAUAUAAGUUUCAAAUUUAAAAACAAAACAUUAUUUGGAAUGUUCAAAGUUGUUUUACAUUUCUUGUUGAUGUGUUAAUUGUACUGCCAUUUUUAAGAGACAACCUGUAUACAAGACUAGUACUGACAAAUAUUCCCUGGAAAGAUUUCUAGAUGCUGAAGGCCUAAUACAGGAUACAUUGGAGUACGUUAUCAUUGUGUUGUCAUUGACAGAACACUGAACAUAUGUUAAUCUAACUAAUAAACGAACUUGUGUAAUUGCGAUUGUGCUAAAGAGGUAUGAUAAAGACUUGAACUUGUAAGAAUCACCGCGAUAAAGAGGAGUUAUUGUUCAAUGGUGAACUGUGUUGUCGGGAGAAAGCCUGUGGUUUUACUCCCCUUGAAUUCUCCUCACUCUGUCGUCUUGUAGUAUACACAAAAAAGGAGAGGUAUGCUAUGCCUGUAGACGUGAUGGCUAACCCUCCUCAGCAUGAUUUUGCACCUGCAUGGCUCAACUUUUCAACAGAGCAGAAGCCCAACAAAGCUCACCACCACCAUCAUCACCACCUUCACGGUCGACAUGAUCGGAAUUCACGAAGUUAUGAUCCGCAUGUUGGCCAUCGUCUUGGUAACCAACGCCAUUAUUCGUCUGAAAGCCAUCUAGAAUUUGAUGGCGCUGUUAUCCCACCACCAGCUCAUCAUUUAGGUUAUGGCUAUAGAGGCAGAGACGACAAGCGCCACUACCCUCCGGAAGGAUUUAUUCGCCAUCAUUCUCUGGACGAUGAUCGUUACCAUCACAACUACUACCAAAGUGGUGGUGAUCCUGUCUAUCCUCCCGGUGCUCAGAUAUGGCGUGGUGGCUACACCAGAGAUACCAUAUAUCAACAUCCUAAUGCCCGCUACUGUGGAAAUGGGUCUUAUCCAGUCCCUGUUCCUAGUACCAAUUAUCAUGGCAAUCGAGGUAGUAGUGGUGGCAGACAGAGAUACAAUUCUGGAUCCCGUAAUGGUUACCAUGAACGCGGUCAUCAAGACAGUGUGGAGGAAGAAGUGGUGAGUGGAAAUGGCAAAGAAACUGAGAAAGAAAAUGAGGCUUCCAAUAAUAAUAAUAGUGUGGAUACUGGAGAACAAUUUGAGCAAGAGUUUCCCUCUUUGAGUGGGGAUGGUAUUGGUGGCAAAGACAAUCAAAGUAGUAAACUGGCUGGAGUUUGGGACAAACCAAUGAAUUCCAAGAUACACGGAGCUGGUGGUCGCCGAAUGCAGCUGAUACAGAAACCACUACGAAAUGAGAAUAAUGACGCCAACACAAAUACUACCAGUAGUAAUAAUAGCGGUUCUGGUGACAGCGCCACCCAUGCCAAAUUGAAUCCACAUGCUGGAAUAGUAAAUCAAGCCAACAAAACAGCCACAUGUAACUCUGCUAGUAGCAUCUACAAAUCAUUGGUGCCUUCAAAGGGCAUUACCAAGAGUGCUCCACGCAAGGUAUCACCGUCUAUAGUUAAAGAAUUGAAUCAUAAACCAGCAGUAACCACACCUAUCCAGAUCAAACCAUCAUCAACCUUCCCUCCUGCCACAACACAAUCCUUCACAAAAGAGCAGAUACCACAAAGACCUGCCUCUACACCCCCUAUGGAAAUACUAAAUCCACGCCUUGUGUCAGCACAGACUAAAAAAAUGGACAAGAAGAGUGACUUCUUGAAAGAAUUAAGAAAAGGUGGUAAUAAUAAUAAUAGAGAUGAUGAAACAAAAGACUGGUUCAUUGAGGGAGACUCUCGUCAAGUAAAUGGUGAUGAUAGUGAUGAAGGCAAUGUGUUUGAUUCUGAUAUUAAGAUCGGUGAUGUGAAUAGUGUGCAUGAGGAAGAUAAUAUAAAUGUAGAUAAAUUGGAUGUUAUUUGCUUAGAGGGUAUGACAAUCAGUCCUGGUUCCUCACCAAUGCGAGCUGAAUUAUCAAGCUCUUUAGAAGCGGAAAGACGAUUAUUACGAGAGAUGGGAUGGCAAGAAGAUAUAGAUGAGAAACCUUUGACUGAAGAUGAACUAAAAGAAUUUCAGGCUAAAACUGCCAAACUGAACUCUAAGCCGAGUAAACUGAGAAAUGGUUUUAAUCACAUGUGGAGUCCAGUACAUAACAUUACCAACAUUGACCUGAACGAUUCAGCAUCGAGUUGUUCUGAUACCUCAGAUGAGGAAGAGGAGGAACCAUGACGAUUCUCUGACAGAGCACAUUUAUCGCUUCUUUUUCUACAUGUGAUUUAUUAUUACACGAGAUGAAAACGUGCUGUAUGCAAUAACUUACUCUCUGUUCACUGAACAUGUGAAAGAAGUGUAAACUAAGAAAAGUCUUAGUCUAAAAGCUAUAUAGGGUUGCUCUGAAGUGUCAGGAAUAAUAUGGGAAUAUUUGGGGGAACAUUUUUUUUUUCUUCGUUUUCAAGAGGAUUUGUGCUUGAAGAGUAUCUUUGCACUUGUUUCUUUCUUUUGAUUCAGAACUUUACCCGAAGGCAGAGUAAAUUGUGUGUCACCAUGACGGGACACUUCUUUGUUUCAAUCUACAAAUUACAAAUAGUUUAUAAAAAAGGAUUUAAAAAAAUGGUGAUUUACCUCCAGCAGAAUCAUUGUCUAUUGAAACAAUAAAGCGCAAAUUUGCAAGUUUUUUGCAGUUUUCUGGAACAUA